AUGACGCCAACAACAACUGCCAAAACAUCCAUAUCUACAAUGAUAACUAGUACACAAAUUAAUAUGCCUGAAACAAAAUCUAUUACAACCUCUCCAUUUAGUAGUUUAGAGAAUAUAUCAACAAGAGAUUUUAUGAAUGUUGGUUGUCAAGCUGAAUUCGGUUUAAUUGGACCAAUUCUAAAUGUUGGAUCUGGUCGAAGCUUGAAUUCUAGCCUUGGAUUAUCUGUUGAUGAUUCAGUACGUCGUACUACAAUUCAUACAGUUAAUAAUAUUCAUACAGGCUGGGAAGAACUUCCAGGAAGUUUAUGUAGUUGGGAAUUAUGUCGUUUUCCACCUGUGGCAGUACGUUCAGGUGAUCGUAUGUCAAUUUCUUUGAAUACAUUACCACGUUUUGAACAUUUAGUGACUACUGGUACACAAACUGAAGAACAAUUGGAAUUUACAGAAUCUCAUAAUACAUCUUAUUCUCCUGUUAAACUUAUGAGUACCGAAGAAUUAUGCUUACAAAAUAGUGCAGCACACAGAAAAAAUUCAACUACACAUGAGAAUGACGACAAUAUCGUUGAUUAUCAUCAUCCUCAAACACUUCAAACACCUACUACUACCACUAGUACUAUUGGUAAUCAACAUUCAUCUUCUUCUUCUUCAUCAUCAUCAUCGUCACCGCCGUUUACAAUUCACAAUGAUGAAAUUAAUGAAGAUAAUAUUAUUAUAUCAUCAAUAUUUGCUGAAGAUAAUUUAUUCACUGACUCCGCUUUAAUGAUGACUUCAAGUUUCCACUCCACAAAAACAACUUUUUCCAAUAGUAUUAAUAAUAAUAAUACUGAUAUUAGUAAUAAUAAUACAUCUUCAUUACAAAUGCAUACACCUUUCAUGUCAAUGCAUAAUCAAAGUCGAUCAAUGUCUUCUAGUAAUUUAUGUGAUUUAACAAAUGCUACUGACAUUUGUGGUAGCGAAAGUACAACAACACAAUAUGAUUCAAUGAUAUACGAUGAUGAUAUGAAAACUUCUCGUGAUGUUCUCCUUUUAAAAUCAUCAUCAUUACCGGAAGUAAAAUUACACAAGUUCAUUGAACAACAAAAUCAAAUUACAUCAUUUACAUUAUUAGAUCAUAAUUGUUUCAAAUGUCGUUUAAAACGUAUUCAUCAAGAAUAUUUUCAAUUACUUCAAGAAAGUUUAAAAUUAAUCAAUAAUGAUUGUCGUGAUCAUACUGAUCAUUAUCAAUUACAACGAAGUACUUCUGAAAUUGUAAUUGAUAAUAAUAAAUCAUCAACAACUGAAAUAAAACAAUCUAAAUCAAUUUCAUUAGAUGCAAUACAAUUAAAAUGUCUUUUCAAUGUGUUGGAAUCAUGUUCAUUAUUAUUUUUAAAAUCCAAACACAUAUCAUGUCAAUCAUCUCAUCCUGUUUGUACGGAACUAAGCACAACGACAUCAUCAAAUGGUAAUGAUACUUGUUCAAAUGUUUCGCAACCAGAUUUAUCUACGACAUUCAGGCAAGAGACUAUUGACAGUUUAAUUGACAACGACCCAACAGUAAAAGAAUGUAUUAAUUGCAUUCAAUUGAGUGAUAAUACAACGAACGAUACAGCAGUACCCGAUGAAUUGGAUUUCGGGCAGUCGCUACAAUAUCUUAUGGAAACUUUACAGUUAAACAGUAUUAAUCCGGUUACCACGGUUUCCAUAUCUACAUCAACAUCACCGUUGUCAUCACAAGUAUUUCCAAUCAUCACUAGUAGUGAGUCGAUUUUAACACAGACAGAAAUAAUUCCAACCAUGGAUAUGGCUACAUCAAUAACAAUUCCCAAUAACAUGUUCACUAAAGGUUCUGAUCUUGAAGGUAGAACAUCGCCAAUCUGUGAAGUUUCAACGAAUUUAACUUGUUCAUUGAUGAGUGCUACUACUACUACUACUAUUAAUAACAAUAAUUAUAAUUAUCCAUUGUCAACUAUUUCUCGUUCUACUUCGCCAAUAUUACAACAAAUAAAUCACAACAAUGAACAGACUUGCAAUCUUACAACUGGAUCUUCUUGCUUCAAUAAUAUUUCAUCAAAAUUAACUAAUGAACGUUUUACUAGUUUUGUACAUGCUAACUUUUUGCCAGAUGAUAUUGUAAUAUUUGUUCCUGUUCCAGGAACUAGACCAAGUAUUUCAUCACCAACAUUAAACACUUCUCCAACUGCAAUCACUACCAUCACUUCUGUCACAGCAACAACGACUUCUGCUGCAAGCUGUAUUCCAUCACAAAAUUGCCAUAAUGCUGUAAAAGCAGAUGAUGGUACUGUUGCUACUACUACUAAUAGUAGUAGUAGUAAUAGUAAUAAUAAUGUUCAUGAUUCAACAAUGAUAACUAAAUCUGACAUUUGGUCAAUGAAUAGUAAAUUCGCUUCGAAUCUCUUAGAUGCUAUUUCACCAUCAUCUAGUUUAUUAUCGUCAAUGAUUGUUCAAUCAUCGUUACCAUUUUCAUCAAUAUUUAUUGAUUCGUUAACAGGAGGAGGAAUUGUAUUAGGAAGUUCUGGUAUUAGCACUACCGAUACUAUUACAUCUGUCACUACUACAAACACAAGUGACAGUAAUACCUCAAUGAAUAGUAGUAGUAUCUUAUCUACGCCUAAAAACAUUUGUGCUUUAAUCAACAGUAGUAGUGUUGACAGCAAUAGUACAUUAGCUAAUGAAUUAUGUACAAGUACAUUUGGCGGUAAUUAUGGUACACUUUUACCUUCAACUACUACUCCUACUACUAAAUCUGGUUGUAGUAGCACUAGUGUCAAUACUACAACAACAACUGAAUCAUCUUUCACAACGUCCACAUCAACUAUCACUUAUGUUCAAUGGCGUAUGUUAUCCUCGGAUGGACAUGUUUACUUUUUACAUCAAGAUGAUUUUAAGGCAUUGAAUAUUGACGAUCAUAUUGAUUAUUGUAAGCCUAUGAGCUCUAAUGUACAGGAAACAAAUUCAUCUCACCAUAGGAAUGUGUCGUUUAAAGAAGCGUUUCAAGCACAUAAUUAUUUUGUCGCAGCCAGAUACAAAAGUAAAGAACGUUGUUUAUCUAAACGAGCAAAUAAUCGAUUCAAUUUGCCGAAAAACUUUAUAUUUUACCGUGUUCGUGCUCGUCCUUUGUUGAAUAGUAAUAGUAGUAGUAAUAACUGUGGCGGUGUUGGUGGUAUUCCUUCGUCACCUUCUCCAACUGGAAAUCUUAAUCGUCAGCAUCAUAAUAAUGGCAGCAAUAAAAAUUCUGUGAUUUGUGAUUCCCAUCCACUUAUUUUACCAGAUACAGAUGUUAAUAAAGAAUGAACAAUUGUGUAUAAAGCUAUCCAGUUCUCUUAUCAACAUUAGUAUUAUUAUUGCCACUGUCCAUAAUAAACAACAUUGAUCAUGUUGAUAGUAUUCGUGGUGGUAUUUCCUUCUGUUUCUUUCUUUCUAUCUACAUUUAACAUCAACUAUGGCAAGCGAAAGAAUUCCGCAUAGAUUUUUCUCAUCUCUUUCUUAGAUUUUCAACUUGACAUGUAUAAAUUAUUGAUUAUUGUUUGUGUUUGCUUUAAAUACUGUGUAGAUUCUUCCUAAUAUAUUUUUCGCUUCUCUCCAC